AUGCAUGUUAAUGUUCAAUCCAUAUGCAACAAAAUAGUCAACUUGGAGUUGCUCCUUGCGGAAGAGCGUCCAUCAAUUGUUAGUAUUGUCGAGCAUUGGUGCAGCGCCGAAAAAUUAAGUUCCUACUGUAUAUAUGGUUAUGUACAAGCAGCGUCAUACUGCCGCCUCAAUUAUGGACAUGGUGGUACUGUUCUUCUUGUUAGAGCUGACCUAUUGGUGAGUGAUGUUGGCAUCUCUAAAAUGUCUGUUGAAAAGCAAAUUGAAUUCUGCGGUGUGAAAGUUAAUAAUUAUGGCAGGAAAUAUUGUUUCAUAAGUGCUUAUAGAGUACCAGAUAGUGACUUUGACCUUUUUCUUGAGAGAUUAUCCUUUGUUUUGCAGCACUGUUUAAAGUUAGCUGACAUUAUAUUUUUGUGUGGUGAUCUCAAUAUAAAUUAUUUAAUGUCAACUUGUCCACGUAAGCAACUUCUUGACGAUUUACUACAAUGUUUUGAUUUGAGGGUUACUUCCUCAGAUCCUACUAGAGUAUACAUCAAUGUUAACAAUCUAAAAUCUGUAUCCAAAAUUGACUAUAUUCUGACGAAUGCACCGUCAGACUCCUGCAAUUCUAGAACUUUUGAGGGUCAUUUAGGUGAUCACAAAGUCAGUGCCUUGGAUUAUGUUAAUGAAUCAACUGCAAACGCAAAAACAGUUCAUGAGCGAGGAUUCGUCAGAAAUGUAUCACCUCGUUCAUUAAAUAAUCUUGCUCUGUUUAUGGAAACUGUAUCAUUUGAUAAUAUUUUCUUGAGUCCUGAUAUUGAUGUGUGCUUCAGAGCUUUUUUUGAAAUUGUUAAAUAUUGUAUAGACUUAAGUUGUCCUAUGAUUCACUCUAGAUCCCCAAAUGAAAUAAAUAAGAACUGGAUAAAUGAUGAGAUUAAGAAAUUCAGUAUAAAUUUGAAAAAUUUGAAUUGGCUCAACAAAAAUUUGAGAUCGAGUGAAUCAUUUGGAAUUUACAAGCAAGCUAAGACUAAUUUUAGGAAUUUGUUAACAAAAACAAAAUGUGAAUUUUAUCAAAAUGCCAUUAAUUCAUCCACGAAUAAAACUAAAACUGUUUGGAACUUGGUCAAUAGGGAAUUAUGUAGGAGAGGUGCCUCAAAUAAUACUAUAGGUCUGAGUAUAGAUGGAACAUCCUAUACUGAGCCUUCUGUUGUUGCUAAUAUAUUUGCAAAUUAUUUCAGUUCCAUUGCGCAGGUCAGUAUAUUGAAUCACUUUGGUGAUUCUGUGUCUCAGGUUUGCACCACAUCUGCCCUUUCGAUGAACACUUUUUUCUUUUAUCCAGUCCUGAGAGAAGAGGUAAUUCAAAUUGUGAAGACUUUGAAAAACAAGAAAAGUACAGGAAUUGACCAGGUAUCUGUUGGCAUAUUGAAGGCGAUGGUUGAUGUUGUUGCCAAACCUUUGGCUGAUCUCAUAAACUUAUCUGUCAACACAGGCAAGUUUCCUUCUAUAUUAAAAAUUGCUUCGGUUAUACCUGUUUUGAAGAAAAACGAUCCCAGCAAUAUAGCCAAUUAUCGACCCAUUUCACUCUUAAGUGUGUUCUCUAAGGUAUUUGAAAAAAUCGUGUAUGGUCGUAUGAUCUCAUUUCUAAACCGUUUUGGUGUGAUAAGCGACUGCCAGCAUGGCUUUAGAGAGGGUAGAUCCACAGAGACUGCAGCAUUCUCCUUUACUGAUUACGUGUACAAGUGCCUCGAUAGAGGCCUUCAUGUUGCAGGUCUCUUCUUUGAUCUCUCGCGUGCUUUCGAUGUUCUUCCUUGGAAAUUCAUCGAGAGCAAGCUAUAUAACAUUGGUUUUCGCGGUGUUUUUCUCCAGUGGAUUUUAAGCUACAUAACCGAUCGGUGGAUGACUGUUAGAGUGGAUAAAUGUUGGUCAGAAAAAUUUAGUGUCGAUUUGGGAGUGCCUCAGGGCUCGGUCCUUGGUCCGUUGCUAUUUCUUUUGUUCAUUAAUGACUUACCUGAACACAUUAUAUCCGAAUUAAUGAUUAUAUUUGCUGAUGAUAAAUGUUUAGCCUAUAUCAAGGAACAUGAACACUUAAUGGUAACAUUAUCCAGUUUUCAUGGUUACUCUACCAGAAAUAAUGCUACUUUGUACAUUCCAUCACAUACAACAGCCAAAUAUGAAACUUCCCCAGUAUAUCAGGCCAUAACAUUAUUCAAUCAUCUGCCUAAUACUGUUAAGUUGCUCAAUAAAAUAAAAUUUACAAAAACUAUCAAAUGUAUUUUACAUAACAAAUGUUAUUAUAGUGUUAAGGAGUAUCUGGAUGACAAGUUUGAUUAUUAUCAUUUGAGGCAGGAAUCUCUUAUAAGCACAAAUGUAAUUGAAGAUUUAGGAGUCUAUUUCGAUUCAAAAAUGAGUUUUAUCCCUCACAUCCAAUUCAUCACUAAUAAGGCUUUCAAAAUGCUGAGUUUUGUUAAGAGAUCAGUGCAGGAAUUCAAUGAUGUUAAUGUAUUGAAAACAGUUUACUGCUCGAAUGCAGGGAAUUGGCUCGACAACCUUCCUGCAAAUUUCGAGCAUCACAAUGAGAAUCCAGCUUGGAAUCCAGUGAAUGUAUACCUGAAAGAGGCUCGGGCCUCCCCAGAGGCAGCUGGCACAGGACCAGCUUCAGCCAAUGCAUCCCACGCUUCCAGCGAUCGGGAAGAUCACAACCAUUGGCUGUUGAAAGCCUUAAAUCCUCAUCUUGAUGAGGAGUCUACCUCGACGUGCUCCAGUGAGGUGUACGAAGACUCCGAGAGGUUGCUUCUUGCCCUCAACCCUCACUGGGGGCACGAAGUUCCCAGUGAUGAGGACUGCUGGACUUAG